AUGAAUAAGAAAUCAAAAAACCAAACACCACAAGAACCAGCAAAAAAAGAAGUUGAAAAAAAGAAAGCCUCAAUUAGUGUUGAGGUUGAAACACCAACAACCACCAAAAAAAAAUUAGUUGAAAAAAAGAAAGCCAAAGUUAAUGUCGAAUUACCAAAACCUUCAACUGCUCCAGCUAAAAAAACCACAACCAAAGCACCAUCAAAUGUAGUUAAAAAAGAUACAUCAAAUAAAAAACUCAAUACUAAUAAUAGUGAUAAAAAUGUAAAUAAUAAUAAAUCAAAUAAAACAAAUAUUAAAAAAACAACAACUGUUGAAGAACCAAAGAAAAAAAUUCAAGAAAAAAGAAAAUUAAAAGAAAUCGAAUCCGAAUCAGAGUCAGAACCUGAAGAGGAAGAGGAAGAUUUAGGAGUUGUACCAAGUAGUGAUGAAGAUGAUGACGAAGAGGAUUUUGAUGAAAUUCAAGCCGAUUUUGAUAUUGUACCAUGUGUAGAGGGUGAUUAUCAUUCCAUUAAAAAUAUGAUUGUUAGAUUAAUUCCAUUCAAAGAACAAUCUAAAUUCAAUCCAGGCGAAUUAACAGAGUUAAUUAUUGAACAAGCAACCAAAAAGAAAUUUGGUAGAAGUAUUCAUGUAGAUGGUACAGGUGGUGACCCAUAUGGUUUUAUUUCAAUUUUAAAUUACAAUUCAGUUAAAAAACAAGAAACCAUUCAAGGCUAUUUAGAGUACAUUAAUGAAAAAUUAGAAUCACCAGAAAAAUCAUACAUCGAUCCAAAACUUAAAGAGAAAUCAAUGAAAUCCUAUCUUUCAAAAUUAUUAUCCACCUCAUCAACUAAUCAAUUGGGUAUGUUCUUUAGUGAAAGAUUUAUCAAUAUUCCAAACGAAUUAGCACAUCCAAUUUACCAAUUCAUCCAAUUUGAUGUCGAAUUAAUGCAAGAAAAACACGACGAUAAAGCAUACAAUUUUAAAAACUAUUUAGUUCUCACUACUUUUGGUGUUACAGCUAAACCAAGUGAAGAGGAUAUGGAGGCACCAAAGGGUUUAAAUGAAGAUGAUGACGAAGAUGAAAGUAAUAAUAAACAAGCAAAUAAAAAAUCAAAGUUAUCAAAUAAUCAAUCAAAAAAAAUUACAACAAACAAUAAAAACCAAGCUCAAUCACAAUCAAAUGAGGACGAUAUUGAAGAAGGUCUUGAAGUAUAUAUGAAAUGUGAGGAUAAAUAUUUUAAAGAACAUGCAUCAGCAUGGGCAAUGUUCGAUAUCCCAUAUCAAUAUGGCAAAGGUGCCAAAUGGACUUUAUCUGGUCAUUUACUUAAAAAAGGUUUAAUUAUGGUUAUUCCAGCUUCUAAAAUUCAAUUAUUUUUAAAAGAUCUCAGAGAAAAAGCAAUUUUAGAUUAA